AUGGCUUCACCAAGAAUGACCACAACCACAACUGAUGACAUUAUCACUAAUAAUGCUGCUUCCAUUGCGCAAGAAUUACCCUCACAACAACCAGAUCAACCCAUUAACGCUACAGAAAUUGGGUGGCUGUUCGUGCAAGAGUAUUAUACCUUCAUGCACAAGGAACCGAGCAGGUUGCACUGUUUCUAUAACGUGAGGUCAAUCUACACGACUGGCAAGGAAGGUGAAACUGUUAAGACUUGUCAUGGACCACAGGAAAUCAAUAACAAGAUAAUGGAGCUUGGUUUGAACGAUACGACUGUCUUAGUUACUAAUGUUGAUAGCCAAGCCUCGUUAAACGGUGGAAUUGUAAUUCAAGUGCUAGGACAAAUGGCGAACAAAGGCGAAGAAUCCCGCAAGUUUGCGCAGACGUUCUUCCUCGCGGUGCAACCGAACGGGUUCUUUAUUCUGAAUGAUAUUUUGCGAUUCCUUGCGGACGAAGUAGAAGAUGAAACACGCGAACCGCCAGUUGAGGAUACCCCGUUGCCUGUGGAGGAGGAAACAUCAGAGGAGAACAACAAUGUGGUUCUUCCUGAAGAGAAACCAUUGGGUGAAGAAUCAAAUUCACCUACCGGAACUCUAGUAGAUGAACCGAUCAACGAAAAUACUCAUGUACAUCAUAACAUCCAGCUUCAAGAUAAUGUUGCUGUUGAUAGUCAACAACAAAGUGAUCACCCAGCUGCUGAGGAACCAGCUCCUGAUACUGUUUCAGUCUCACCUCCAAAACCAGCCGAACAGAUCCCAGAGCCUCAACCAUAUGUUUUAUCAAGUCCCCGUACACAGGCUAUUGAUCGCGCCGUCUCACCUAAAAAUCAGGGAACAUCGGCAACUCCUCAACCCGCUGUUACCUCCCCGAAAAACAUUAUAGCUUCUCAACAAAAUACCUCUGUCCAGGCUGCUACGGAUCAAACUCAAAUUCAAGCGUCGGCCAAUAAGUCUCCUAAAGCCGUUCAAAUGAGUCCGCCGACCAAGAAUAACAAUGUUAAUGGUAAUCCAAAACAAGUUCCACAAAAUACCAAUACUCCAUCAACUACCACGGCCGUUAGUAAUGUUCCUCAGGCUGCACCUGUUCAACCAGCUGCUGCUCAAGCGAAUAAUGCUGGUCAUCACUACAAUAAUGAGACUUCCUCAAAUCAACAACAGCACUCCAGUGAACAACUACAAAAAAGAGCUGGUUCUUCACAACAAUCUUCCACUGUUAAUGAAAUAUCUGCUCCUACGAAAAAGACUUGGGCACAUUUGGCCGCAAAUGAUCGUGACAAGUGGAAUAAUCAACUUGCUCCGGUUUCUGCUCAUGUCUCGUCUGCUCCAGUUCAAACUUCCAAACCACAACAACAAUCCAUGGGACAAUCUGGUCGCGAUCAGAUGAACCGGCGUCAGGAAGGUCAAAGAGGAGACCCUCAAUUGUCAAUCUACAUCAAAAAUGUGAACGAUACUAUGUCUUAUGAGCAACUUAGAAUUGCAUUCACUCAGUUCGGACCACUCAAAAACCUGGAUGUUGUUCAUCAAAAGAGUUGUGCUUUUGCAGAAUACACUACAGUGGAGGCUUGCCACCGAGCCCUGCAGGCUCGUCAGGUAACAGUUGGAAAUUCGUAUGUAAUUACCGAAGCUCGACGCAAACCUACUGGUCAACGGAAUCUUUCUGAUAAUCGUAACCAAGGCGGAUAUCAGAGAAACUCUUAUCAAAAUCAAAAUGGAAUGAACAAUCGUCAAGGAGGGCGACAAGAUCGUCGAAACUCUGCCACCCACGUAAAGCAGUCACCAUAA